AUGACCUAUGUUCGCAUCCUUAUUGCUCUUGCUGCUUCUUGUAUCUGGCCUUUUUACCAACUUGAUGUUAAAAAUGCCUUCUUACAUGGGGAUCUUCAUGAAGAAAUUUAUAUGCAACCACCUCUUGGUCUUUCCCAUUCAUCCAGUCAUGUUUGUCGGCUUUGGAAGGCUUUAUAUGGCCUUAAACAAGCUCCCCGAGUUUGGUUUGAAAAAUUUCAGUCUACUAUUCUUUCUUUUGGAUUUCAUCAAAGUGAAAAUGAUCAUGCCUUAUUUAUUCAUACUUCUGCUCGCGGGCUCAUUGCGUUACUUUUGUAUGUUGAUGAUAUGAUAAUUACUUGCGAUGAUCUUGAUUGUAUUCAUUCCGUUAAAUCCUAUCUCCAGCAACAAUUUGACAAGAAAGAUCUUGGCCCUCUUCGAUAUUUUUUGGGGAUUAAAGUGGCAUAUAGUCCCCGAGGAUAUAUAUUGUCUCAACAAAAAUACACUGCCGACUUGCUAUCUCGUGCUGAGCUCACUGAUACUGGUACUGUGAGUACUCCUAUGCAGCUUCACCAAAAACUAACUCCAACUAUGGGCGAACCUCUCACUAAUCCUACGCGUUAUCGUGAGCUAGUUGGUGCAUUAGUCUAUCUCACUAUAUCUCGCCCCGACAUUGCUUAUGCGGUUCAUAUUGUUAGUCAAUUUAUGCAGGCGCCUACUUCUGUUCACUAUGUUGCUCUUUUACGUAUCUUGCGCUAUUUGCGAGGAAGUAUUCAUCAAAGUCUAUUUUUUUCUUCCUCUUCCAAGCCUCAACUUCGUGCCUAUUGUGAUGCUGAUUGGGCUGGAGAUCUUACUGAUCGUUGGUCUACCACUGGCUAUUGCGUUUUCUUUGGAAAUUCUUUGAUUUCUUGGCGUUCAAAGAAACAAGAUAUUGUCGCCAAAUCUAGUACAGAAGCUGAAUAUCGUGCUAUGUCCUCUGCCGCCUCAGAAAUUGUAUGGCUUCGUCGACUCCUUGGUGACCUCGGUGUCCAGUGCUCUACUUCCACACCUUUAUAUUGUCACAAUCAAAGUGCUAUCAAAAUUGCGAAUAAUCCUGUCUUCCAUGAACGUACUAAACAUAUCGAAAUUGAUCGUCACUUUGUGCGCCAUUAUUAUAUUAAUGGAUCGAUAUCUCUGCCGUUCAUUCCCUCUGCUCAACAACUUGCUGAUUUUUUCACCAAAUCUCAGACUACUCAACGACAUCAAUACCUUCUAUCCAAACUCUCAGUGUUUACUUCACCUUGA